AUGGCUGCUGAAUCUUCAAAGCCACGCCCUCUCUUCAUCUAUGGCACACUCCGCGCCCGCCCUCUACUAGCAUGGGCCCUAACCGGCGAUGCCGCAAACACAGAACCCAUCUCAGCGCUCACCCGUCCAGCCAAAGUACACGGCUAUGCACGCUAUACCGUACGCUCGCGGGAUUAUCCCGCCGUUAUAAAGAAAGAUGGGCAUGAAGUAGAUGGAGACCUACUUAUCCUGGAGACCAAGUCCAUGCGCAAGAAGCUUGAUGACUUUGAAGGGAAGAUGUAUACUCCUACGAGUGUUGAUGUUGUACUGGAGGAUGGGAAUAUCGUGGAGGCGGAUAUGUAUGCCUGGGCUGGAGAUCGAGAUGCGUUGAGUGAUGAGCCCUGGGAGUUGGAUACUUUCGUCAAGGAGAGACUGGAGGAUUGGCUUGAUCUUUUUGAGGGCAUGGAGAUGACCGGCGAAGAUGAGGAUUGA